AUGGAGCAAGACGAAAUUAAGUGGGAUCUUUUUGGAUUGUGGGAGGCAAGAAGACGAGGCGAACAAUACAUGAGCCUAAAAUCUGGGCAUGGACUCUACUAUGUAGGCGAGGCCGACAGCUAUAUAGGAAGAACAGGCUGUUUAAUACACAGACGCCACUGCAAAAACCUCGUGUCUGCAAAGGCAGUGUGCACAAAAGUGAUAUAUAUGACCCUAAAGCUCAGCGCAAGAUACAACAUUACAGUUAUACAGGUGUCUGCAUCAACGUCAAGUCAUUCUGAAGAUCAAAUAGAUAGUUUCUAUGAUAAUACCACCCUGGCCUUUAAAGAAAAACGUGCACACUUCACUAUUUUGCGCGGAGUUUUUAGUGCUAAAAUGGGACCAAGAACCAAGGAAACUGAGAUCUCAUUAGAAAAUUUUGAGCUUGAAGGCAGAAAUUAA